UGUGAGAGAGAGAGAGAGAGAGAGAGUAGUGAUUACGCUAAAAGACUCAAAUUUCGACUUUUGGCAUGUACAAGUUGAAGUUUCUUUCAUACGGAACAAGACUUCAUGUUUUGUGAUUUUGAGAGAGAGAGAAGAAGAAGAAGUAGAAGAAUGUUGAAAGGGAAGUUACUUGGCUUUAACGAAGAGAUUUCUUAUUGGAUUACUUUACAUUGAAAGUUUCUCUCUCUGUAUUCAUAUAUGGAGAUGAAGAAAUGGAUUUGUAAAGUCUUCUAAUUGCUUGCUGCAGCUGCUGUUCGCAAUUAAUUCAACAAAGAUUUUGGCUGUUUGAGCAAUACUACGGCGUCGUUGCAGUCAAAUAACGGGGCGAGAAUGACAACUCAAAUAAGCGCAAAAUUUCGACUGGUUAGAUGUCCUAGAUGCCGACAUCUUCUGACUGAGUUGCCUGAGCUUCCUUUAUACGAGUGUGGAGGAUGUGGCACAAUUCUAGAAUCUAAACCUCGGAGAAACGACACCAACUACGAUGGAGUACACUUGCAAGAAAUAGAGCGAGUUUCGGAAAGUGAGCCGGAUUGUAUUUUGGAGAAUGAAGCGAGCAGCUCAAAUCUAGAUUUUACCCCAUUGGGUGGAAAAUCUUCGCGAGAUGGAGAAAAACCAAGAGAUCAAGGUGAAUCUGGGGACAACGAUGGGGAGAAAUGUGAAGAUACGAGUGUCUCUAAUGAUUUUUCUAGCUUGCCUCAGGUUAACGGUUAUGAGAAUAAAGAUUUAUCCAAAGUGGACAUUGGACAGUUGAAGCAGGAUAAAGAAGGAAAAUGUCAAUUAGCCCAAAAUGCCGAAACAUGUGAAAGAGAAUUUCAGGAUUGCAAUGGGAAAACGAUUGCGGAAAGAAACUCUUCUGCUGAAUUGCCUAGUUCAAGUGAAUGUACCAGUCGUGAGGCAGAAGUUUCAAUCCCAGAAAUUAGAGAACAUGUGGAAUCAGAUGACAAGAAUCAAUCAGAGCAAUGCUCCGGAAGGGAUCAAAAGAAAUAUGGAGAUUCUCAAACAGAAUGCUUUGGAAGUGACAACUCUCUUAACCAAUUCGGCUCUUCACCCGAGCAUGAUCAUCAUCAGAAUAGGAUGCCUCCAGAUGGUGAACACAAUGAAAGAGAAGAAAGUACACAUCUUUCAUCGGAAAUUAGUGAGAAGAGUCUAAAUGGUUUUAUGGACUACAAUGGGGAGAAAUGUGAAGAUAGGAGUUUCUCUGAUGAGCUUCCUAGCGCAUGUGAGGUUAACGAUUGUGAGAAUAAAGUUUUAUCCGCGGAAGUCAUGGAACAAUUGAAACAGGAUGAAGAAGGUAAAUGUCCUUUCAGCCAAAACGCCAAAAGUUGUGAAAGUGGAAUUCCAGACUGGAAUGGGGAAAGUGUUGCAGGCAGAAACUCCUAUAUAGAAUUUCCUAGCUCAAGAGAAUUUACUAGUCAGGAGGCCAAAAUUUCAAUCCCAGAAAUCAGAGAACGUGUGGAAUCAGAUGACAAGAAUCCAUCAGAGCAAUGUUCCAGAAGGGAUCAAAAGGAAUAUGACGAUUCUCAAACAGAUUGGUGUGGAAGUGACAACUCUCUUAACCAAGUCGGCUCUUCACCUGAGCAUGAUCAUCAUCAGAAUAGGUUGCCUCCAGAUGGUGAACACGGUGAAGGGGAAGAAAGCACACAUCUUUCACCAGAAAAUAAUGAGAAGAGUCUAAAUGGUUUUAUGGACUACAAUGGGGAGCAAUGUGAAGAUAGGAGUUCCUCUGAUGAGCUUUCUAGCAUAUGUGAGGUAAGCGAUUGUGAGAAUAAAGUUUUAUCAGCAGAAGUCACAGAACGGUUGAAACAGGAUGAAGAAGGUAAAUGUCCUUUCAGCCAAAAUGCCAAAAGAUGUGAAAGUGGAAUUCCAGACUGGAAUGGGGAAAGUGUUGCAGGCAGAAUCUCCUCAGAAUUUCCUAGUUCAAGAGAAUUUACUAGUCAGGAGGCCGAAAUUUCAAUCCCAGAAAUCAGAGAACAUGUGGAAUCAGAUGACAAGAAUCCAUCAGAGCAAUGCUCCGGAAGGGAUCAAAAGGAAUAUGACGAUUCUCGAAUAAUAUUGUGUGGAAGUGACAACUCUCUUAACCAAGUCGGCUCUUCACCAGAGCAUGAUCAUCAUCAGAAUAGGUUGCCUCCUGAUGGUGAACGCAGCGAAGGGGAAGAAAGCACACAUCUUUCACCAGAAAAUAAUGACAAGAGUCUAAAUUGUUUAAUGGACUACAAUGGGAAGCAAUGUGAAGACAGGAGUUUCUCUGACGAUCUUUCAAGCAUAUGUGAGGUUAGCGGUUGUGAGAAUAACGUUUUGCCGUCAGAAGUCAUAGAACAGUUGAAACAGGAUGAAGACAAAUGUCCUUCUGGGCAAAAUGCCAAAAGAUGUGAAAGUGGAAUUCAGCAUUGGAAUGAGGAAAGAUUUACAAGCAGAAAUCCCUCUGCUGAAUUUCCUAGUUCAAGUGAAUUUACUGGUGAGGUCGAUGUUUCAACCCCAGUAAUCAGAAAACAUGUGAAGUCAGGUGAAAAGAAUCCAUCGGAGCAAUGUACUGGAAGGGAUCAAAGGGAAUGUGAAGAUUCUCGAACAGAAUCAUGUGCAGAUGACAACUUACUUGGCGAAGUUCAGCCUUUACCUGAGUAUGAUCAACGGAAGAAUAAGUUGCCUCCAGAUGAUAGAGAACAUAAAGAAGGGGACGAAAGUACUUAUCUUUCGCCAGAAAAUUAUGACAAGAGUCCGGAUGGAGGGCUUCUUGAAGAAUUGGAUAAUAAUAGGCAAGAUUCUUCAUCCUUUGAGAUUGCUCUGCGUGCAAAUGGAAAAUCAUCGCUGUCAGCUGGAGGCAAUACUGAAGUAAAAAAGGAUAUCAAGAAUCUGCCUCGCUUCAGAAGCUCAAGCACAGAAAAAUAUUUGAAUGCAGAUUCAGGAGAUUCUUUAGUCACCGCUCAAGACCCCACCAAUGAGAACAAGACAUCUGUCAAUCGCUUGUCUCCCAAUACUGAGCAACUUGAGCAUUCUCAUAGAGAAGACACACGAAGUUUUGGUAGAGUGAGCCCUGUAGAUACACUGGAUAGUGUACGCUCCGUCAACUCUUGCUCUAAGCAUGGUCUCAAACAUGUAGAUAUGUCUAAAUAUCCAGCUACCAAAAGUUACUAUGAUUAUGACGCUAGCAUAUCUUCUUAUGAUGGAACCAUUGAUCAAGUCCCCAACCAUGUUCCACACCCUCACAGAAGAAAGUUCAAGGAGAAAAUCUCCACCAGCACUGCCGAAUUGCACAAAGAGGAUGGAUUAAAUACGACUAACACGAGGAGUAGUGAGUCAGAGAUGCAAUAUUGGGCAGCCAGUUCCUCGUCCGUCUUGCAAGGAAAGCAAUAUCAUGCCAUGGAAGGCAGCAGCAGUUGGCACCAAGUUGAAUUGCCUAAAACCAGAAGAUAUGGCCGCAAGAGCGGUAAUAGAUUGGCAUUCCCUUCAAGAGAUUUCCAAGCUGAUCACAGAAAUGGAAGCCUGUCAAGUUAUCAGCAAAGUUUGCUCCAAAACCGUCGAGCUUACUAUUCAUCAGAUAGGCCUACGUACUCUGAAACAGACAAAAUGGACUUGCUGAGAACCGUGUGUGAACUGAAAGAUCAGCUCAACAGGAUGCAAUUUUCAAAACCAUCGGCAAAUGGAAGGUUUCCUGCUGGUUUUCUGGAGGAAAAGUUAACUCCCUUGUAUUAUGAUCACUUAGCACCAGAAAGGGAGAUGUAUGCAGAUUUCAGCCAUCCCACAUAUCCUGUCAGACACAAUCAGUUGAAAGGUUGGCCCCAACGACGCAAGGACUCCAGAAUUGCAUUUUCAGGGGAGGCUGCCCACUACAGACACCAGGUUGACUGCUCAUGUUUGCAUUGUUGUCCCCAAGACUGGCACCGUUCUGCUCAGUUGCCUUCACAUUCCAUGCUCUGCAACAAUGGUCACUGCGGGGUCCACACUGGUCAUAAUUGCUGUAAUGUCCUUCCCUCUAGUUCCUCCAGUCCCCAGCAUUACACGAGCUCUGAGCAAUCUUCAGGGGGAAGUGAGACUGUGUCUGGAAACCAGAAGCAUAAAGACAAGGAAAUGAAAAGGUUAUAUUUAAGGGAUAAGUAUCACAUAACGAAGCGGCUUCUCCUGCCCAUUGCUGGUGGAACCCCACUUAUUUCUUGUUACCAUUGCUCAGAACUAUUGCAGCUGCCUUCAGAGUUUCUCCGCUUCAAGAAAAAAUAUCAUCAGCUGAGGUGUGACGCAUGUGGGAAGGUUCUGAAAUUCUCACUCCUGGAAAGAAUGCACAUAGUUCCAUAUCUUCCGGAAGCUUCAGCUCCGCCGCCCAGUGAGGCUGAUGAUCAUAGUGAUGCUAUCAGUCAAAGAAAUCGGUUGCCUACAUCUCAUGCUAAUUCUCGCUCGCAUGCUGAAACCGGGUCAUGUUCAGAUGACUAUGGGAUGUCUUUCUGUCGAAGCUGCUCAACAGAAGGGGAGGCUUCAUUUCUUAGACAUUCAGCCGACUGCCUUGAGUGGAAUGCUUACAAUAGAAAGAUGUCGUCUAACAGUUCUUAUCAGCCCAUGGAAGAUAGAAAAAUGAAGUCUGUAUUGAAGGGGAAUGGGAACGGGAGUUUGGUGGAAACCUCUAAACCAGCCGUAGCUUCAUCGGAGAAGGCUAAGUGGAAAAAAGUGUCAUCUGAGAUUGAAGAGCUGCCAGAACCAUCAAAUUCUCGACUUCAUAGGUUAAUGGGAUAUUCUUCCCCAAGUCAAGUGUUAGACAGGUGAGGUUAAAUUGAAAAUCAAAUGUGGAGGUUUCAAGUGUUCAACGUGCAUUUGAAAAGGAGUUUCCCGGAUUAUUUUUAGUAACACGACUUUUUUUUAAAGCAGAAUUCCUUUAUAUACAAAGGUUUUCUGAAAUGAACUUACUGUACGAAGUUCAUCAACCGUGCUUGGAUUUUCCAGGAUCUCAGAACAAUGAUCCAUACAAGUUGCAUAUUCAACUGUAAGUUCGUCAUGGAUGCAUUUUCAAGACACUUCACAUUUUCUUCUUCUUCUCUCGUGUUGUACAGAUGAAAUACAACCAAUAUGAACCAUAGUAUAGCAUAAAGUCAGGUUUAUUUUUUUCAUAUAGAUAUGAUCAAUAUAAAAAAGUCCUGUAUUGUUUAUUUCCUGCGUUGUAAUAAAAUAGAUUUACAGAUAAUGCAAUGAUAAUUUUCUUAAACCA